AUAAAUUUUUUCUUCUGCGUUCAACAUCAAAGAGGAGCAAUGGCAGAGUUCUUCAAUUAUGCCAUUUGUUAGAUUACUUUUCGGUGUCAAGUUUGAUUUUUAAACAGGAAAGAUGACUUAAAACAGCGCGGUAGCUAUGAAAGAGUAAAGAUAUGCUGGCGACCAGUUUUAAAAGCGCAGCGAGUUCAUCGUGAAUUGUCCUAUAAAUCAGGCCGUGAUUUGUCAAGAUAUUUACCCGAUUACAGAAGUACAUUCAAAGAUAGAGAAUUAGAAAUGAGUGAAUUGUCACAAGAAGAGGUUCGAAGAAGGCGUCUAGAACGUUUUACCAACAGUAAUGCAUCACCAACAACAUCACAAACAGAUGAACAGUCAUCUCCCAGUACAUCAACAUUGCCUCAGCCAACCAUUGAUGUUGCUAGUGCUAGAAAGCGAGUUGCCAACAGCCCCAAAACGUAUGGUGGAUCUACCCCCUCAUCAGCAGCUAUCUUAUAUGACACAACACCACCAAGCUUUUCAUCUGCUGAUAGUGGAAUUGCCACACAGUCAAUGGAGAUUGACAGCCCAGAUCCAGACAAGGGCGAAAAGCGAACAUCUCAAUUUAUGCUCACUCCACCCUCUGAUGGAAAGUUCAAAAAACAACACACUGUCAAGAAAGUUUUGGAAAAGGAUUUGGUUCCUAUGCAGUGGGAUUUCUAUUCUGUGUCCUUGUGUAAAAUUUUUGAUGUCUCAUUGAAGCCACCAAUUGUUGAUUUAAAUCCAGGCCACUUGUUGCAUAUUGUUCCUCAAAUAUAUUCUCCUGAUGGCAAAGCACAAGAGUUUGAUUUCAAAGAUGUGAUGCAGCAGAUUUUGAUGGAACAGCACCUUUCUGGGUCCUACAAGGAAAUACCAGCUGAUAUUCCGUCACCAGACAGAGGUAUGGAAUCGAAUCCAGCAAUGCUGAUAUCAGAGUCACUCACCCAGCUUUCGUCACGUAACAACAUGGCGGCAUUGGCGACAGAAGAUAUGGUUGAGAAGUCACCUGUUACACAGAAAAUAUCAGUUGCUUCAAUGCUGGAGACUGGUACAUGCGAUGAAGUAUUUCUGAAAAAAGAGAUACGAUAUAUAAUCAACUGUUAUGAUCGAGUUGGAACUGAAGAAAGGUCUUUUCCAAAGCGUUCAAACGACCCCAAAUGGAAAGAGUUGCUUCAAACUGCCUGUGGUGCUUGUAUUUCACAAGCUUUAUUCGUACUUAGUGGCGAUUUUGAAGAUUCAGAGAUGAUUAUUCCUCGUAGAAGUGGCAACCGUUCUCCUCUCCUUUUCUUGCCAUUUCUGUUGGAAGAACGAGAAGCAUUUCCACGUGGCUUUCUGGCCGAUUUAGUUCAAAUGGCGCAUUCAAAUGGCUGUCUUGAUAGGAUAUUUUCACCACUGCUAAUGGAACUAUAUGAGCGAAUGAAGAACACGUCACUGGUUGACGAGGCAUACAAGGCUCCCUUAUUGGCACUUUCAGAACUAUCAGAAAUCAGGUUGCCGUUAUCAAUUAGGCCCAUCUGCUCCUUGCUUUCAAAACUUCCGUCCUGGAACCCAGAACCCAUGUCCAAUGCAGCAGCUAAAGAACUCGAGAGUCUUUCUUAUUUGGGACCUUUCCUUCAGCUCUCUAUAUUUGCAGAGGAUAAUUCACAAGUUGCCGAUAAAUAUUUUGCUGAUGGAAAACCAGGACAAGACCAUAUAGGACUAAUACACACAACGCUGAGAGUAGGCAUGCAGUUAUUGCGAUCAGAACUGUUCAAAAUCGUGUACAAUAACUUGCUGAAUCAAGAGAGCAGAGAGGCUUGUUUGCAAUAUAUUGCCAACAUUUUGAAUAGAAACAACAAGAAGUCGCAGCUUCAGGCGGAUGACAAGCUGCUAUCAAAGGAUGGACUUCUAAUAAAUCUGCUUUCAGUUCUUCAGCAGCUUUGUAUAAAAGUUAGACUUGAUAAGGUUGAUCAUCUUUACCCUUUUCAUCCAAAAUGCAAACUUGACAUGUCACAGUCUUCUCCAAUCAGAGCCACAAAGGAUGAAGUUGAUAAGUGGAAGAAAAGUUUUGAUAACAAAGCAUGGGGUGAAGUGAAAUUUCUAACCGAAUGCUUCUUUUUCACCUUCCAUUGCCAUCACCUAUCUAUCAUUCCUUGCAUACGAAAAUUUGCCAAGCGAAUACGAGCAUUGAGGGAUAUGAAUCGACUGGUGAACGAGCUUGAAUCACGUGACUCUGAGUGGAAAAACACACCACUAGCUGCUCGUAACAGAGCAUUGCUGAAGAAAUGGAAGUUACAAAUAAAGAAACUCGUAAAAGAAGAUGCUUGUGCUGAAGUAGUCAUCAUGGACGAAGAUCUGCUAAGACAAUGCUUAAGGUUUUACGGCACAGCUUCACAGUGGCUUCUUGGUUUAGCGACUGGGAAAGAAAUGUCGAGCCUAUCGCUCCCUUUACCCGAAACUGUUCCAACGCAUUUUGGUGCAAUGCCGGAUUACUUCAUUGAAGAUAUUGCAGAGUUCCUUCUGUUUGUUGACAUACAUGCGCCGCAGGUUCUUGAUGACCCAUGCAUCGAAGAUUUCAUGCCUUUCCUCGUUGUGUUGUUAUGCAAUUACAACUAUAUUGCCAACCCAUACCUAGCCGCGCAGUUGAUAGAAGUUAUUUUUGCCGUGGACCCCAGUGUCCAGGCACGUGCCAAGCCCUUCUACGAUGCUAUUGUUUCUUACCCAAUUGGAGAGCUGCAUUUGGCACCGGCUUUAAUGAAAUUCUACGUUUACGUGGAGACAACUGGAUCUUCGAACGAAUUUUAUGACAAGUUUGGUAUUCGCUAUCAUAUUUCUGUGAUAAUGAAAGGCCUUUGGAAGAGGCCAAUGCACAAGGCUUCAAUCAAGCAAGAAAGCAGGACACCGAAUUUUGUCCGUUUUAUAAAUAUGUUGAUCAACGACCUCACCUUCUUGCUGGACGAAUCAUUGGAUACCCUGAAGAACAUCCACGAACAUCAAGAGCUUAUUGCAAAUGCUGCUGAAUGGGAAGCCUUGUCUCGAGAAUUGAGAACCUCCCGUCAACGUCAACUGGCUACAGAUGAACGGCAAUGCAGGUCAUACCUCACUCUUGCAUCAGAAACCCUUGGAAUGCUGCACUACCUGACAAAAGAAAUACCGGAACCAUUUCUUGAAAAGGUCUUGUCAGAAAGACUGGCUGUUAUGCUGAAUUUCAACGUGAAGCAGCUUACCGGUGCCAAGUGUAAGAAUUUAAAGGUACGAAAUCCAGAAAAGUAUGGGUUUGAGCCAAAGAAAACGCUUGACAAGCUUACAGAUAUAUACCUGCAUCUUGAUGGAGAUGAAUUUGCAGAUGCUGUUGCUGCUGAUGAGCGGUCAUACAGCAAGGAAGCUUUUGACGAUUGUCUGUUUUUAUUAAAAAGAACCCUCCUUAAACCUGAAAGUGAAAUUGAGAAAUUCAAAAGAUUUGCUGACAAGGUAGAAGAAAUAUUUGUAGAGAAUAACAAAGCAGCCAUGGAUCUGGAUGAUGCUCCUGAUGAAUUCAGAGAUCCACUCAUGGACACUGUGAUGGAAAACCCAGUGCGCCUACCAAGCGGCAUCAUUAUGGAUCGCCAUAUCAUCACUAGACACCUUCUCAACUCUUCUACUGAUCCUUUUAACCGCCAAAGUCUUACUGUAGAUAUGCUAGUUCCAGAGCCUGACCUCAAGCAGAAGAUUGAAGACUGGCUUCGUUCUAAAAGAAAAAAGUAAAAUGUAGAAAUUUAGACUGAGUUUUUGUCUUGAAAAAUGUUGUAUAACUGGUAUUUAUGAAACAUAGCCAUUUUAAUCUUCGUUUCGCGUUUAUUAAGUGAACAUGGCAUAAAAAUAAAUAAAUAGUUAACUUCCUUGUUGCUUUUUUGAACAAUGAGUUGAGACAAACGACUGUAUGUGUAAGUGUUAUGGUAACCAACUCGAGGUUAACUUUUUUGUGAAAUACUUCACUUCCGUUGCAUUGAUUUGUAAAUUGGUUUGUCUUAUUAAAACCUGAAAUUUCAUUCAAA